AUGGCGUCCUCGAUGAUCCCCCCGGAAGUCUGGUUACACGUCAAUCACUAUUUGAACUGGAGUGCCGACCUCGCUGCGCUCGCGCAAGUCAAUCGUAAGUUCUACGAUAUUUUUCAGCGUGAGGUAUACCUCGCAGCGGUACGAGAGGACAAUGCCGACAUCAUCGUCAAGAGCGCUUCGACGGGGAACCUGCGUACUCUUCAACAUGCGUUGUCGUACGGCGCGGACCUGAACAAGGUCUAUCCUGCCGAAGCGCCUCCACGUUUGAAGAACUGGGUGGAGAGAGCAGGGAGGCACGAUUCCAACGUCAUCCUGUCCAAAGCAUGCUUUGCGACACCCUUGCAUCUCGCCGCAAAGCACGGGCAUUACGACACCGUCCGGUGGCUCCUCGAUCAAAACGUCGACACCGAAUUGCCGGGGCGCUUUCUGUGCCAAUGCCUCCCUGUGGGCAUCAUGGGGACGUUGGGUCAACCAGACGACGUAUCGGACGGGGUACCCGGCUGGACGCCCCUUCAUCUUGCAAUUUGCAACCGACAGGUGGCCGUUGCCCGUCUGCUGCUCUCUUCCGGCGCAUCGCAAAGCGUGCGGGUGAAUCACUCUUCUUCCAAAUUUCCUCACUUCAACCGGUCUUUCUACGGUGAUUCGUCGAUAGGACUUGAUCCAACGCGGUACAGAGGUCCAAUGGUGGUUUCCGCACUCCAUUCCGCUGCCUAUUCCGGAACCAAGCCCAUUAUAACACAUCUCGUACGGGACCUGAAGACAGACAUCAACAAGCGUUUUGAAAUGAUUGGUGCGACGCCACUGUACUACGCUAUCGCUGCGUCUGAUUUGUCCUCGAUUGUUCUCCUGCUAAGCCUUGGGGCGAGGCCAGAAGUGCCCUUUGUUGGCUCCACGAAGUAUCAGACUUACGACAGCGCUCUCGAGUUCGCUUUGGUCUCUAAAAAGACUGAUGCAGCACUACAACUUCUCACGCAACCGGGUGCGGCCUGGCAUAAUCCUCCCGAGUCUCCUAUUCGCGCAACCUGCAUUUCCAACAUCUGGCACCGAGUCUAA